AUGAAGGAAGAGGAAGUGCAGAAAGGUCAUCUUGCUGUGACUUCACCUGAAAUUACGCAAAAGAACGCUGAACGUACUAAGUCGGGGCAAUCACAACAGAUGAUGUACGAAACACUUAAAGGAGUAGUUGGCAGUCCGUUAAAGUCAACGGUCGGCAGCAGCAACGGAAGCCUGCGGGGUAAAGUUCUGCAGGGUAUGCGGAGAGAGAGAGGUCUGGACUGCAGGAAGCUGCGAAACCAGCUCCACCCGCACAAGGUUUUUUCGCGACAUCUUAUAAACGUCGUCAAGAAAUGGAUGACGCCUAUUCAAUACCUCCUACAAUGGGUGAGUGGUGACAACGGUUUAGGCAAGUCUGAAUAUCAGAUUCAGAAUGCACUAUCAUCAUCCCCAUCACGAUCAUCACCAUCAUCAUCACCACCAUCACCACCACCACCAUCACCACCACCACCACCACCACCACCACCAUCAUCAUCAUCAUCAUCAUCAUCAUCAUCAUCAUCAUCAUCAUCAUCAUGCAGUAGCAGCAGCAGCGGCAAGACUCUUUCUCUACCUCUAAGGCUUAGUUUCCGUCGUGGGCUGUCGAAUAUUGGUGCAGAGUUCUGUAACGAUGAUGCUGAUGAUGACCGCAAUAAAGAUUCCUAUGUCGGUGAUGAUGUGAAAGAUAGAUAA